GAGUUUCGGAUAUUAAUUUUUUUUUUAAUUGUGUUCGGGUAAUUUAUUGCUAGAGUUCAUUGUUGUGAGUGAUAAAUAUCGCAUAUGAUGAUGAUAGUAUUGAAACAUUAAAAGAUAAUAUGAUUGAUUGUGAUGGAUAAAGAGAUAUAUAUAAUUGAGAAAAAAAUAUUAUAUAAAAAAUAAAGAUACAUAAAUAUGUGUUGAAUUAGUUAUUGAAAUGAUUAAUUAUUUUUUAAAUUUAAAUUAUAAAGUGAUAAAAAUAAGUGAGAAAAAAAAAUUAGGGCAAUUAAGGGAUGGAGUGGACAUGGUGGAAAGAUUGGUGGAGAUUAAAAAAAUGGCGGCAACAUAAUUUAAAUAAUGAUUUUAAUGAUUAUAAUUUUGAUGAUUUGGAUUACUGUUACUGUGAUGAUUGUAUUGGCGAACUGUCGGACGGGUGUGAUAAUGAUGAUGGGUGUAUGGUCGAGAAUGACCUGGAAGGCGAGGGCAAACAAGUAUUGGUGGGAAUAUGCGCCAUGGCCAAAAAAUCACAGAGCAAACCCAUGAAAGAAAUUUUAACCAGACUCGAAGAGUUUGAGUACAUAAAAGUCAUUGUCUUUGCUGAAGAUGUUAUACUUAAAGAGCCGGUUGAAGAUUGGCCUAUCGUUGACUGCUUAAUUAGUUUCCACAGCAAAGGUUUUCCAUUAGAUAAAGCUAUUAGUUAUGCUAAUUUACGCAAUCCUUUUAUUAUUAAUAAUCUUCCAAUGCAAUACGAUAUUCAGGAUAGAAGAAGAGUUUACGCUAUUUUAGAAAGUGAAGGAAUUGAAAUACCUCGUUACGCUGUAUUAGAUCGCGAUUCAGCCGAUCCGAAACAUUUUUUUUCAGAUCAUGAGCUAGUUGAGUCUGAGGAUCAUGUUGAAGUUAAUGGUGUUACAUUUAAUAAACCAUUUGUAGAAAAACCAGUGUCUGCUGAAGAUCAUAAUAUUUAUAUUUAUUAUCCGACUUCUGCUGGCGGUGGUAGUCAGAGAUUAUUCCGUAAAAUCGGAAGUCGGAGUAGUGUUUACUCUCCAGAAUCACGGGUCCGUAAAACUGGGUCAUAUAUUUAUGAAGACUUUAUGCCAACUGAUGGUACAGAUGUUAAAGUUUACACAGUAGGGCCUGAUUAUGCUCACGCAGAGGCACGAAAAAGCCCCGCGUUGGAUGGAAAAGUUGAAAGAGAUUCCGAGGGAAAAGAAAUACGUUAUCCGGUUAUACUUAGUAAUGUUGAGAAGCUAAUCAGUCGUAAAGUUUGUCUCGCUUUUAAACAAACCGUUUGUGGAUUUGAUCUUCUAAGUUUUUAUUGUAGAGCUAAUGGGAAGUCAUUUGUAUGUGAUGUUAAUGGGUUUAGUUUUGUCAAAAAUUCAAAUAAAUAUUACGAUGACUGUGCUAAAAUAUUAGGGAAUAUGAUACUUCGUGAAUUGGCGCCAACAUUACAUAUACCCUGGAGUGUACCCUUUCAAUUAGACGAUCCACCGAUUGUACCUACAACAUUUGGAAAAAUGAUGGAAUUGCGUUGUGUAGUAGCAGUAAUAAGGCACGGCGACCGCACACCGAAACAAAAAAUGAAAGUCGAAGUGCGGCACCCAAAAUUUUUUGAAAUAUUCAAAAAAUAUGAUGGUUAUAAACACGGACACGUAAAAUUAAAACGGCCUAAACAACUGCAAGAAAUUUUAGACACUGCGAGGAGUUUGUUGGCCGAAAUUCAACAUCGUGCCGCUGGCCCUGAGUUAGAAGAAAAGCAGGGAAAGUUAGAACAGUUAAAAAGUGUCUUAGAAAUGUACGGGCAUUUUUCAGGGAUAAAUCGUAAAGUACAAAUGAAAUAUCAGCCACGUGGUAGACCACGAGGAAGUUCUUCCGAUGACGGUAACAAUUACAAUCGUCUAGGCGAACCGUCGCUCGUAUUGAUAUUAAAGUGGGGCGGUGAGUUAACGCCGGCCGGAAGGAUUCAAGCUGAAGAAUUGGGCCGAAUUUUUCGUUGCAUGUAUCCAGGUGGUCAAGGUAGACACCUUAGUGGUGAAUAUGCUGGCGCCCAAGGUCUUGGAUUAUUGAGGUUACAUUCGACAUUCCGACAUGAUUUGAAAAUAUACGCGAGCGAUGAAGGGAGAGUUCAAAUGACCGCUGCGGCAUUCGCCAAAGGGUUACUGGCACUUGAGGGUGAACUUACACCGAUUUUAGUACAAAUGGUUAAAAGUGCUAACACUAAUGGGUUACUGGAUAAUGAUUGUGAUAGUAGCAAGUAUCAAAAUAUGGUUAAAACAAAAUUACAUGAAUUAUUGCAACAAGACAAAGAAUUUACAAAAGAAGAUAGAGAACAAAUAAAUCCCGGUAAUGCCAUAAGUAUAAACGAUGCAUUAGAUUUUGUCAAAAAUCCAGUCAAAUGUUGUCAGCAUGUGCAAAUGUUGAUACACAAAUUAAUGGAUAUUGUAAGAAUUAAAAAGGACGAUCCUAAAACAAAAGAUGCCAUUUUAUAUCACGGAGAAACAUGGGAACUGAUGGGUCGCCGAUGGGGUAAAAUAGAGAAAGAUUUUUGUACAAAAAACAAACGGUUUGAUAUUUCAAAGAUUCCCGAUAUAUACGAUUGCAUUAAAUAUGAUUUGCAACACAACAAUCAUACCCUGCAAUUCGAUCAUGCAGAAGAGUUGUAUAUUUAUGCAAAGUACUUAGCAGACAUUGUGAUACCCCAGGAAUACGGUUUGACAGUUCAAGAAAAACUGACAAUUGGCCAAGGCAUAUGCACUCCGUUGUUACGAAAAAUUCGCGCGGAUUUGCAGCGCAACAUCGAAGAGUCCGGUGACGAAACCGUUAAUCGUUUGAACCCGCGUUAUUCCCACGGAGUUUCGAGUCCUGGUAGACAUGUGCGAACACGGUUGUACUUUACGAGCGAGAGUCAUGUUCAUUCUUUGUUAACUGUGUUGAGAUACGGCGGUCUAUUGGACAUGGUCAAAGACGAACAGUGGCGCCGUGCGAUGGAAUACGUCAGUAUGGUGUCGGAGCUUAACUAUAUGUCACAAAUAGUUGUAAUGUUGUACGAAGAUCCGACAAAAGAUCCAAGCAGCGAGGAAAGGUUUCAUGUUGAAUUACAUUUUAGUCCUGGUGUUAAUUGUUGUGUGCAAAAAAAUUUACCUCCUGGACCAGGGUUCAGACCACAUUCACGCAAUGAAAGUAGUCAUAAUUUACAAGAAACAUCGUCCCAAUGUAAUCCAAGAAUUGAUGAAGAAGAUGAUGAACUAGGCCCUCUAGAUGAUGAUCUAAUAAGUCCUCCACCGACUUCCGAUCCAUCCCCUCCAUUAAUCGAAACUGACCAACCAGAUUCGACUCUUGGAAGUCCAACUACUAGUCGUGCUAUUGAUAUGAUGGAUUUAGAUCCUAAUAUGAUGGAUGAACCUUACGAUAGUGGAUUUCUUCAAAGUUCUGCGCCUAUUCCCAUCAGUGCGAGAACGGUCGCGGGUCAUGAAGCCGCAAGAUUGGGCAGUCAAUUGGCAGCAAGCCAGCGUCAAAGACGCGAACGCGAAGCCGCUAAUAUUUGCGAACCCCGUGCACGAAGUUACGAUCAUCAACGACAAGAUAAACCUGAGAAAACUGCAGAAAAGCUGCAGUAUCAAAGUCUGGAUGCAGUAAAUCGAGAAGACGGGAAUUCCCGGACAGAUUGGUCAACUCGGUCGAUAAAAUCACAUUCUUCUGCAACACCAUCAGCUUCUUACCAUAAAAACCAAACACCCGAAACAAAGCAGUCGCGAAAAUUACUGGGAAUCCCCGUGAUAUUACCUCACACUCUAAGCUCGCCAGAUUUACCAGCGCCAUUGAAAGCCUCAUUGGAUUGUCAUUCAGGACCGCUGAUUACUCUCCACAAUACGUCCCUUGGUUCGCCGACCUCUGGUUCACCAACAGCUAAAUUUUUCGAACAACCGAUAAUUCAUCAGCAAAAACGUACUGCUAGAUCACAAUCUACGUUAGUACUUCCACGUCUGGAUGUACCACCUGGUGAGUUGUUGAUAAAACCUCAUCAUCAUGAUCAUCACCAGGACCUACAUCAAGUCCCAAGUGUUGUUAAAAAAAAAAAACGUUCGCGUUCACUAUCACCGUGUCAACUACAAUGUAACUGUUACAAUUGCAAUGUGUCUGAAUUAAUUCAUCAAGAUUUAAGUCCCUCAGAGCGUAUUAAUUUACACACCUAUUUUAAUCGUUCAUUAUCACGGAAAUUUACCAAUUGUUCAUGUUAUCAAUUAAACAACAUUAAUAUAAAUAAUUGUUGUAAUAAUAAUAAUAUUAAUGAUGAUAAAAAAAUAACCAUCGAUAGUACUUCCGAAGAUGUCGAUAACAAAAAUAACAAAAAAUCAAAAUCAUAUCGUAAAAAUUCAUUACCCGUAUCAAUAAUAACGACCGAGUCGACUAAGCAUGUAAUAAAUCCUACCAAUUUUAAUUGUAAAUUACUCCUGUAUGAUAAUUAUGAAUGUUAUGAUACGAAUGUUUCAAUGGCAAAUAUUAGUGACUGCAAGCACGAUACAGUUAUUAAAAAUAAACCAACUACUGCUAUAACUACAACAAUAUCAACAAUAACUAGUACUACUGAAACAACAAUAAUUAAUUCCUUAUCCAAACUCCAAACGCAACGAUCCUUAUCGUCCCCAGACACACGACCUACGAUCAUUCAACCUAACCCUACCUGCACAGCAAGGCGCCAUCGUCACAGUAUCUCCGGGCAGAUGAGUUAUUUCAAGCUGUUGGGAUACAAUGUCAGCAAAAAACUUACCGGAUCGGCCAAUAGUCUGUUCAGUACUGCGGUUAUCAGUGGUUCUUCUAGCGCCCCCAAUCUCAAAGACAUGGUACCAGCGCACGCUUCUGCGGUGGCCGCUAUCGAAGGAUUUGGUGGAGUACCACCAAUACGACCACUAGAAACAUUACACAAUGCACUGUCAUUGCGACAGCUUGAUUCAUUUUUGGAAAUGAUGACUAGCUCUUUAUUCCGAACACCCGCGUCUUCGCCGCCGAAAAUUUCCUCACCAGGUAUUCAUUCACAUUCAUUGGUACCUAGUCUCGCAAUUGGUGCUAUUAAUAGAGAUUACCAUCCUGGGGACUUAGAACCGGUUCGAUUUAUUAGUCCUGGUUAUAAAGGGCAGGACAGUGAAGCGACUGAUCAUCGCAAUAUUUCAUCACCAACUAGUCCAAAUAGUUUAGGAUGGAGUAGUGGCCCCCAAUCAUUUUUAUCAUCAGAACCGUCAUCACCAGCUCCGACUUCUACUGGCGGAAGUAGCAUGUCCAUGAGCUUAAUUAGUAAUGACGGUCAAGGGUUUACGGGUCCUACUUACUCGACAACUCCGUGCAUUGAGAUGGAUUUCAAUGAUUUUUGCAUGGCAAUAGAUCAAGAUAAUCGUGAAGGACGUGGUAGUAUUUCUUAUACAGAUUAUUAUAGCAAUGAAGAUGGUAUUAUUAGGAAGGCCCCGCCUAAAGAUAACGAUGAUGGUGAGCAAGAUCAGGUUGAUGAUGAAGAAGAUCACACGUUAACACUCAGGCAAAAUGAAGAACAAAAGAAGCAAGACAUAAAAUCUAUUUUUGAUCAGAAAGAAUCUCUUGUUAAGCCUGGGAGUAGUUUUAAAAAAAUUGGAAGAUUCAGAGUAGAAAGUACGGAAAUAUCAGAUGACGACGUAAGAAUUAAAGAAAUAGAAUCAAGAAAACCGGAGGAUCUAAAAAAAUAUAAAAUAAAUAGUAAGAUAAAAAAAGGAAAAUUAAUGUCACGAUCUCAAAGCGUUUCAAAUGCACAGACUGAUAAUACUAUGGGAAGUAUUACGGAAAUAGAUCGCGAAACGAUGCAUUAUUCAUCAACCUCAUCCAUGAAAGUCGGGUCGUUUUCAAUUACAGUAGACAAAGAUUUAAACAAUUGGAAAAAUCCCGCUGAGCCGCAAGUUGAAUUGUCGCCAUCGCCGUCGUCGCCAUUGGCUUCGUCCCUAUUGUCGUCAUCAGUGACUGCAGCCCCAUCUGUUGCUGCCGAUAAGCAAGAGGAGCCAAUUGUCGUUGUUGCUAAUUCAGUGCUUGAUAAAUCAAGUUUUACAAUCGGAUUUGAUGUAGAUGAUGAUAGUAACGAUAAAGAAUUGAAUAAAGCUUUAUAAUAUGAUAUAAUAAGCCGUCAUCAACGAUUCGAUUUUAACAAUUAAAAUUUUGCCUUUAUAGGUUAACUUCACAAGUUAUUGUUGCAAUUAUAAAUUACUGGUAAUUUUUCCAAGUUUAAAUAAAUUUGUUGUUUAUUUUUUAUAAUUUUUUUUUCUUCAAGUCCUACUACAGUUUACUAAUCCAAAAUAUUUUUGCUAAUAAAUUAUUUUGAAACAUUUAUUAAAUAAACACAUUCCCGCUUUUUAUGACAGACGACUCUGUAACGGUACCUGGAUAAAGAAAUAUUAUAUUGUUGAAGAAAAUAAAACAAAAAAAUAAAAAAACAAUGAAGGAUAUACGUAAAUAUUUGUGUAAAAUUGGAGAAUAUGUAUUAUAAUUGUAGAUUGUUACUAGAAAAUAACUGUACAAUAUUAAUAAAUAUCAGAUACUUAAAUGAA